CUCAUUUUGAAAAACUAUCGCUUUGAAAGCCCGAUUUGGAGUCCAUCUCCAGCACCAACAAGAAAAAAUAUGUAUAUUUAUAAUUACAUUUAAGAAAGAGCAAGAGUCUCGUCGCACAAAGGUAAUAUCGUCUUCAUUGUCUCGCCUGAAAAGUCGGGCGGAGCGUUGUGAAACUGAAAUACAUAUGUGUAAAGAACUCAGCAAACGCAACAAACAUGUCAACCACUCCCAAUUCCAACAGUAGUAGUAGCAACAGUAACAGCAACAGCAAACACCCCCUCUCCCAGAAGCAGGACACGUACAGUAGCGACAGCAGCGAAGAGGGCCGCGAGACGGCCGAGGAGCGCAGAAGGCGAAUCCUAAAGGAGCGCAGUCGGCUGAACCGAACGCAGCCUCAGCACAACAUGUCAGCUGGCGGAGCAGUGCCAAAGCACGAUGGAAAGUCCCCGGGCGGAGCAUCUCCUAGUUGCCAGGCGACUGGAUCCGGCUUGGGAAAUCGUCUCCAGGCUCCCCCUGAGCGGAUAUCCAUGCUGGUGGACGGCGUGCGCUUCACGGUGGAGCAGUCCCUACUCACAGCGCAUCCUACCACAAUGCUGGGCACAAUGUUUGGCUCCGGCUUCCAAUUCGCGCAUGCCAAUGAGCGCGGGGAAUACGACGUGGCCGACGGUAUUUCCCACUUAGUGUUCCGGGCCAUUUUGGAGUACUACAAAAGCGGUGUCAUUCGCUGCCCGCCUACAGUUUCCGUACCGGAACUAAAGGAAGCCUGUGAUUAUCUGCUCAUCCCCUUCGACGCCACUACCGUGCGCUGCCAGAACUUAAGAGGCCUUCUCCAUGAACUCAGCAACGAGGGAGCGCGUCAGCAGUUCGAGCUCUUUUUAGAGGAUCUCAUCCUGCCCCUUAUGGUGGCUUCGGCGCAACGCGGGGACCGUGAAUGCCAUGUGGUGGUGCUCCUAGAAGACGAUAUGGUCGAAUGGGACGAGGAGUUCCCGCCCCAAAUGGGAGAGGAGUAUUGCCAGACCGUUCACAGCACUGCCAUGCACCGAUUCUUCAAGUAUAUCGAGAAUCGCGAUGUGGCAAAGCAGGUAAUGAAGGAUCGAGGGCUGAAGAAGAUUCGUUGCGGCAUAGAGGGAUACCCCACUCACAAGGAGAAGAUACGCAGACGUCCUGGCGGUCGGGCCGAGGUGAUCUACAGCUAUGUUCAGCGCCCGUUUAUUCACAUGUCCUGGGAGAAAGAGGAGGCGAAGAGCCGUCAUGUUGACUUCCAGUGCGUAAAAUCCAAGUCUGUAACGAAUCUCGCCGAAGCAAAUGCCGAUCCGCCACUGGAAUUGGACGCAAGUGGAAACCCGAUUCUUCCCAUCGCAGUGGUCAAUCCGCAUCCCAACAAUGCAGAGCUAGUCGUUGGCGUGGCCGCCGCCCCCGCAGCGAUUGGCGUGGCUGGUCCAGCAGCCGUGGUUGCUGUGGAUGAGGCGGCUGGUGGAGUUGUAAUGCUGAAUGUAUUGGAUCAGGCUGUGGGUGCCGGUGCCGCCGGCAUUGUCGAAGAAAACAUGUAAAACAAAGAACAGCACCGAAUGACGAAAUACACUGCCAAAGCAGCAGCGCGCACAGAAAACUCUUUCUACGUUUUUCAUCAACAUUUUAUAUAUAUGCAAUAAAUCGAAAUGUCGAACACAGA